AUGCCGGUGGCCGACAUAGACUACAAGGAGUAUUUUACGGCCGAGAAGAUUGCUGAUUUAAAAGAGUCCUUUGACAGCUUCGAUUCUUCUGGAGAUGGCAGGAUAGGAGCAGAUGAGCUGGAUCAUAUCUUCCGAAAGCUGGGCUUCCCGAUGAAGUCUAAGCAGCUGCGGGGACUUCUCCGGGAUUUUGACAGCGACUCCUCUGGCGAAAUCGACUUCGAGGAGUUCUGCGUCAUGAUGCUGCGGCUGAAGUGCGCGAAGCAGAUGCGAUCUAUCAGCCCAGAGACGUACGACUGUCGCAGCCUAUGGCUGGAUGAGGGCUUCACAGCAAAAGAGCUGCAGAGGUCUGGCUACGGCAUAGCGCACAUGAAGGCCGCUGGCAUCUCUGUCCGCCAAAUACUGGCAGAGGCAGAGGUCACAGCCCUAGAGAUGCGCCGCUGUGGCUUCUCUGCUCAGGAGCUGCGCAAGGCAGGUAUGGGUGCCAGCGAGCUGCGCGCUGCAGGCUUCAGCUUGGCAGACCUCCGCUUAGCGGGCUUCUCGCAUGCUGUGCUGCAGACCACCAACAAGACUCUCCGAACCUACCUUUCGAAGGGCAAUCUCACCGUGCUGCCUCAGCAGAAUCCGAAGUUCGACCCCAAGAGAAAGAAGCACACGCCUUUUAUGAAACUCUGGUGGGCGCCGAAGACUUCAGAGGAUCCGAAACCUGUCACUCCUCGUAUCCGGGAGCACACUGACUACCGACCCAAGUCGAAGUCCUCCAGGCCAGCUACAACUGGCUCGACAGACCUUGGCAGGUAUGAGCACCCAGGACGACUGCCAUUCCUUGAUGGAUCGAGGACAAUGGGCAGUUAUUCUGGGUACCGCGCGAGUCAAUUCAUUGAUUCUCGACGGCCUUUUACAGCAGCGUGA